CAACGAGAUACAGAGACGUGUGCAUAGAAGCUUGAAAAAUUAAAAAUUGAAUAUUAAGAAGUUUAUUUUACCUUAUUUAUUACGUCAUAUAAAUGGCAAUUCAAGCGGUUUAAUAAUGGAAUUACCUUUUAAAAGAACCCCGAGCAUCGCAUGGAAAUAAGAUUAGAAAAAAGCUGAAAUGAUAUAAAGAUGGCAAUGUUUGCAACGUUGGCAAAUGCCUGGUUUGGGUUGGUGUUUCGAAGAAAAAAAGUAAAUCGACAAUCUUCAUUACAACAAGGUCUUUCAAAAUGCUUGACGACUUGGCAAUUAAUACACUUAGGUGUUGGUGCAACACUUGGAGCUGGCACAUACGUUGUUACUGGUCAAGUUGCCGCUAAAAUGGCUGGCCCUGCAGUAGUAAUUUCGUUUACAAUUGCUGCUAUAACGUCUCUUUUAUCUGGUCUUUGCUACGCAGAGUUCGGCUCACGAGUGCCUCAAACAACAGGUAGUGCUUAUACGUAUAGUUAUGUUACUAUUGGAGAAAUUUGGGCAUUUUUUAUUGGCUGGAACUUAGUAUUAGAGUAUAUGAUUGGAACAGCCGCAGAUGCUGCUGCACUAUCAGGCUCAUUUGAUUACGCAAUUGGUUAUCGUGUUCGUGAAUGGACCCAAGAAAAUAUUGGUAGUUUCAACAGCGAAUAUUUAGGAGAUUUUCCUGACAUAUUGUCAUUUGUGUUUACCAUUGUUGUCACAAUUGUUCUAGCUUUUGGAGUACGCGAAUCAGCUGUAUUUACAGUGACAUUUAAUUUUUUUAAUAUUAGUGUUGUUGCAUUCAUAAUCAUUACUGGAAUUUUCUAUAUUGAUUUUGAUAACUGGACAAAAGGAGAUGGAUUUUUUCCUUACGGCGCAUCUGGUGUACUGUCAGGUGCAGCUACUUGUUUUUAUGCAUUUGUUGGAUUCGAUAUAAUUGCAACCACAGGGGAAGAGGCUAAAAAUCCAGCGAAAUCUAUUCCAAUUGCCAUUGUGGCAUCAUUAGUCAUAAUUUUUCUUUGCUACUUUGGUGUAUCAUCAGUAAUUACUUUAAUUGUACCAUAUAGUAAACUUGAUAAACAUUCGCCAAUACCGGGUGCAUUCUCUCAAAGAGGGUUGGGCUGGGCUAACUAUAUUAUAUCUGUUGGUGCUAUAUGUGGAUUGAGUUCUAGUUUGUUAGGAAAUCUUUUCCCACUACCACGCAUUAUUUACGCUAUGGCAAAAGACGGACUAUUAUUUAAAAUGUUUACAAAAAUAAAUAAGAAAACUGAAGUACCUGUAAAUGCAACCAUUUACCCAGGAAUUCUAACUGCCUUGUUUGCAUUUUUCUUUGAUUUAGAAGAGUUGGUUGAAAUGAUGUCAAUAGGCACGUUACUUGCAUAUACACUUGUUUCUCUUUGCGUUCUUAUACUUCGUUACCAACCUGAUAGUUAUUAUAGCUCCGAAUCCCAGCCUUUUGUUAAUAAAAAUAAUGAGAGUGAAACUGAUGACGGUGAAAAUACGUCAAGUACAAUUUUCAUGAACGAUAUUUCUUCUAUUAAGACAAUAAACAACAUAAAUAAAGCAGAUGAGCCAAAUAAUCCACUAAUAACCAAUAAGGAAGAUUUAAAAGAAAGUUUGCUGCCAAACAGCGAUGAAAAGGUUCCAAUAAAUAAAAAAAUAAACGCUGUAAAAGAAGCUGACCUACCAACUGAGUUCUCAGGGAGAGUAGUUUCGUGCAUGUGUUUAUGCUUGUUUGUCUGGUUUUUUGCAUUUAAUAGCACCCUCUUAUUUGCAUUUGAUCAAAUCUACAACAAACAAGCAUGGGCUAUAUUUUUAUUAGCCUUUUUUGGAAUUUUAAUUUUAAUAUCAAUAGGUCUCAUAUAUUCAAUGCCUCAAUCACAAACUAAAUACUCAUUUAUGUGCCCUUGUGUCCCAGCUUUACCUAUAAUCGCAAUAUACGCAAACACAUUUUUAAUGUUAAAACUGUCAAAAAUUACUUGGAUUAGAUUUACUGUUUGGAUGGUCAUUGGAGUAGCAAUUUAUCUAUUUUAUGGAACUAGAAAUAGCAAAGUUGAUGUCAAUAAUGAACAUACUGAUGAAUCUACGUGAUAAUAUAAAUAAAAGUUAACAGAUUCUUUCUAAAAAACAAAAGUUUAGGAAAAAAUUUUUUAUUUAAAUAUAACACGCUGUAGGUAAGUAGUAAAAACCCAAAGUGUUUUUCUACAAGAAUAAAACUUGUAUUUCAAUUAAAACUUCAGAUAACUUAUUAUGUGUCUAAAAAAUUGUCGCAAUCAACAAA